AUGGUGAUCCUCAAACCUCCUAAUCCAAUGACAAACAACGAUGCACCAUCAAAGAAACAUCGUACCGCAAUCAUAGGGGUCGGGGAUGUUGGUGCGGCAGUAGCCAAUGCACUCAUCCUCCGCUCAGUCACCGAUGAAGUCCUCAUCAACGAUACCGAUUCUAUCCUCCGAGAAGCCCAAAUCUACGAUUUAUCUGACGUGAGCUAUGUUUGUGGGGGUCAGAUUCGCGUACGAGCCGCGACACACCGUGAAGCAGGACAGGCCGAUAUUGUGAUCAUCACGAUUGGUUCAAGACAUUUUCGAGGAGAGACAAACGUACAGCACACCUUUAGAAAACUCUCGACCAUCCGCAGCAUCAUCAGCUCGAUGAAACCGUUUGGGCCAAACACGAUAUUGAUUGUGGUUGCAAAUCCCGUCGACAUAUUCACAUCCUUUGUCUACAAACUCUCUGGACUCCCCGCAACGCGAGUGAUUGGCUCAGGAACAUGGCUCGACUCGAUUAGAAUGUCUAAUGUGUUGGCGGAAAGGACAAAUGUGAGCCACCAUGACAACAUCGGACCCAAUGCCGAUCCCAGUUCAAUCAACCUACCCAUUCUGGGAGUAAAUGGAAAGUCGCAAGUUAUAGCGUGGUCCACUGCGUCCAUAGGGGACACCCCUGUCGAUGAAAUCAAAUCACAGACACUUCCAUCAGUAUCAGCGCCCCCUGGCUUGAUCGAUCGUGAAUCAAUUCACACCGAGUGCAUCAUCAGAAAAGACAAAAUGCUUCGUGGCAAGGGCAAGAUUCCUCUUGGUAUUGGAUCGUUAGUAACCAGAAUCUGCGAGGCAAUUGUUUCAGACCAAGGUCGAGUGUGUCUUGUGAGCCAGUAUCAACCUAAAUGGGACUGUUGUUUCAGUUCCCCGGCGGCGCUGGGGAAGACAGGAAUCGUGAAAACGGUGGAGAUCUCCAUGCUUCCAUCCGAGUGGCAGGAUCUGGAGGAGACAGCGAAGGAGUUGAGAGAGAGGGUCGACCAGAUUCACGAGGGUCAAUAA